AUGAAUAAUAAAAGCAAUUAAUUAAUUUAUUUAAAGAUUUAAAUCCAAGCAAGUUUCUUAAAUAAUUAGAUCCAGCUUGAAAAUAUUAAAAAUCUUAAAGCUGUUUCAAAGUAGAUUAGUAAGUAUUUAGCCAAAAGAUUAUAAGAAUAUUCACUGACUCUUAAAUAAAAUUAUUUUUUAAAAUUUGACAAAGUAAAGAACUUUAUGAACACAAUUAACAUCCCAACCAAUUAUAUACCUGCUUAAAUUCCAAUAAGCACUUCACCUCCUCCUCAACCAUUAUCAUUAACUUUUGGAUUGAAAAAUUAAAUUUAAUCAUAAAUCAGCCCAGUCUCGCAUAAAGAAAAAAUUGAAUAAUAGGUAGUAUUUAGUCACACACCUUAAAGAAUAUAAUACUCUAGCUCUGUAGAUAACCUGUUAACUAAUAGCUCUCCUUAAAAUAAAAUAGUAAUAACAAAGCAAACAUUACCAGUUAAUAGCAACAUUGUACUAAAUAAUCAUGCUACAUAAAUAGGAUAAAUUAUAACUGACUACAACUAUAGAAUUGAAAAAAAGGAAUCGCCAUACGAAAAAUUGAAUAAUAUUGUAUCAAAUAAUGCUCUACCAACCUAGUAUAUGGAUAUCGACUUAAAACUUGAGAAAGAAAGAAAUUAAAUUUUAGAACGAUAGGUUAAUGAGUUAAAAUAAGAGAUUCUGAUUAUAAAAAAUAGCAGUAGGUCUAGUAAAACUGAUUUUAACAAUAAUAUUUAAGGCGAUCCUGAUAAUUAAAAAUUAAAUGUUAGUGUUCAGUAAGCAUGUGCAUAAUUUGUAAUGCUUUGUGCUGAAAAUGAGCGUCUUACAUAUGCCUAUCUUUAAAAAGAGAAAGAAGUAAAUACUCUUCAAAAUGAAGUUCUUUAGCUAAAGAGUAAUGUUCUAUUGGAGUAAACAAAAUAAUAGCAAAUUCCGUUUUCUUAGUAGCUAGAUAUUGAAGCUAAGCUUAAGGUUUUUGAAAUGAGAAACGAGUCACUUCACUAACAAAAACUAGAACUCCAAAACAAAGAAUAUGAUUAUCUUUAACAAAUAGAAAAGCUUUCUUAAAUGAACAUGCUUAAGGAUUAACAAAUUUCAAAAAUGUAAAGUGAAUAUAAUAUUUCAACUAUUCAAGCUUAAAACCUAACAGAACAAAUCAAUGUUUUGAAAAAAUAGUAUACUGAAGUUAAAGAAACAUAUGAGAAACAAUCUUUAAAUCUAGCUUAGUUUGAUUAUCAGAAAUUUUAGCAAUCUUAAACAACUGUUGCUCUCACUGAAAAAGAAAAUAUUAUUUUUUAAAAAAAUUCAGAAAUUGCUGAACUUAAGAACUAUAUAUAAAUUUUAGAGAAAGAUGUUAAAUAAAUAUAAGAAAAGGUUAACUAAGAUUAAAGAAAUUAAAUAAUCAUAACUGGAAAAUAUGAUAAAUUGCACCAAGAAUUGCAAGAAAAAUAUGAAGCUCACAUUUAAAUGCACAAUUAGCUAAGAGAAUAAUUCGAGGUUAACGAAAAAGAAUUGUUAAACCAACAAGGAUACAUUGAUCUUCUUCUUUAAGAAAAUGAAAAAUUAUCAUAUGCUUUAAAAGCCAGAAUUGAAGAAAAUGAGGGUCUCAAAGAAGAAAUUAAAAUUCAAAGCACUGUUUAGAUUAAUUAUGAGGAAAGCUAAGGAAUGAUUAAUUAGCUUAAAGAAAAUAUUGAUAAACUCUUAGAAGAUAACAAAAAGUUAUAUGAAGUAAACAGACAGUUAGUAUCCCAACAAGAGCAUUAAUAGGAUAAUAUAAAAAGCAUAGAAACUACUUAGACAGAUAAAGAAAAGAAGCUGUAAUUGCAUAUAAACGAAUUAGAAAAGAAAAUAACUGUUUUAAAUAAGCAAAUAUAGUUAAAAUCUAUAGAGGAAAAUGAAUAAGAAUUUAAAAAUAGAAAUAAUGAAAGAAACUACAAAGAAAUUAUUUUUGAAAACGAAAAAUUAAAGUCUACAAUUGAAAUAUAAGAUAUUAAAAUGAAAGAGCUGCAGUUUUAAGUUGAAGAAAUGCAGACUGAAUAUGCUUAGCUUUUAUAGACAAAGCAAGAAAAUUAAAUUUUAUCUAUAAAAAGUAAAGAAUUAGACAAGAAAUCUCUAUCUCUCCAAGAAGAGUGUAAUAAUUGGAAAGUUAAAUAUUCAGCAAUUGAGUCUCAUUACACUAAGCUUAUAGAAGAAUUAAAAAUUAAAAUAAAAAAUUAAUGUAAGGAGGAAUAUGAAAGAGACUUAUCUUGGAUUUAAGCAAAACUAGAGGCUAAUGAAUAACAAAAGGAUUAACUGAUGGUAAAAUUGGCUUCUUAUGAGUAAAAAGCUAUCAUGAAUGAGCAUUAGCUUAAAGAUCUGAAAGAAAAAUUUGCAAAUAAGACAGAAGACUAUGAUUAUAUAAGCAAGGAAUUUUAGGAUAGAAAGUAGAAAUUUGAAUUGCUUGAAAAGUAAUUUUAUUCGAUGUAAGAAAAGCACCUCUUAAUAAGAAUCGAAAAUGAAAGAAUUCAUUAAAUAUUGUCGUAAGUACAAAAAGAAAAUGAAGAAAUAAAAAGACAAUUUGAUUAAACAUUGAGUACUAACAGAAAAUAACACUCAGAGAUAUACUCUAGAAUGUAAGAAUUUGAAGAAAUUAACAGAAAUCUUAAAGGAAUGAUAUCUGAAUAUCAAGAUGAAAUUGGUAGGUUAGAAAAAGCUAAUUAUAAUUUAAAAUAAUCAAACUUUAAGAUAGAUGAGUAUGAAAACAAAAUAAUGUUUUUAAAUAGAGAAUAUGAGCAGCUUAAAUUACGUUUAAUAGAUAGUGAAAAUCAAAAAUAAGAAUUCAAAAUAAAAUUCUAAGAAUCACAUAACUCAUUACUAAAUUACUAAUAAAUGGAUUAAUAGCUAUCUUAUCUCACUAAAGAAAACGAAAGACUGUAAAAAUUAAUUUUAGAAAGAUGCAGAUAAUCUAACUCUUUUUGGUGA